AUGCAAAAAGGGUUCGAAGACGAGGUCGCCUUUGCGAACGGAAACAUGAUCACUGUCAAAGUUGGUGAAGCUGACCAGGAUGUGUUCAUGCUUCCUGAAGAUCGCCUUCGUGCCUCGUCCGAGUUCAUCGAUGCAGCGAUGAGGGGACCAUGGAAAGAAUCGCAAGAGCGCAUGGUUUCGUUACCCAACUUCGACAGAAAAUUGUUUGCCGUCUACCUCCAGUGGCUUCUCACAGGCGUUGUCCACAGUCGACAACGCGGUGAUGAUCCGUUAUCAGCCUUGUUGCAAGAGCUCGUGAAGCUACCUGAACUGUUCAACCUGGGUCAUUAUUUACUCGACACCGACUUUAGGGAUGCUCUAAAUGACAGCCUCAUGCAAUGCGUAAUCGAACUACAGGGUAGAUCGGCUGUAUUCUCUCCAAGCUAUGGAUCGAAGUUCUACCAGAACGUACCAGAUGGGUCGCCAACCAGAAAACUCAUCACAGACAUCAUUGUAUGGGGCAAUCGCGGCGCCGCACUCCGAGCAUUGCCUGCAAAAAUCGACACCAUGGAACCGGACUUGAUCAUGGACCUCCUCCUGGCUGUCACUGGAAGAUAUGUGUCUCUGAAGCCAGACAAGUACCCGUUCGACAAGUGGCAGACUAGCUGCAAGUACCACUGUCACGGCGACGAGAAGGUCUGCUAUAGGCAGAAAGCUAGCACGUAUGUCACGUCUUUUACUGGUGACUUGACCGCGGCUGAACGAGAAUAG